UGUGGUCGCAUUAGUCAAUACUUUUGCAUUUAACAAACAAACAAAUCUCGCCGAGUUCUGGUGAUGUCACAGCUGCGCUCCAAAGUUAUCAGCCUCUACAAGCACUUGCAGUAUCUGGGCCGUGAGUAUCCCGGCCAAAAUGGGCCUCAGAAGUUCCGCAAGCAAAUCCAUGACGCAUUCAUGAAUCACAAAGAUGAGAGUGAUCCCAAGAAGAUUGUGGCUUUGUUGGCGCAGGGACGCUACCUAGCCAAGGAGGUGGAAGCGCUCUAUUCUUUGAAGAAGUAUCGGACCGUGAAGCAGCGCUAUAGCUACAAUGAAUAGAUCUGCAACGGCGGUGUUUAAGUUUAUGCGGAUAUUGAAAUUCAAGGACUGACGACGCGAGAGAGAGAAAUAUGAUAUGCUUUUUGCUUUAAAUAAUACACACACAUAUAAUGCAUAUUCUUUUGCCAAAGCAAAACAACGCAACUCCCAACACACCGCACACCCUAUAAAAUAUCAGCACAACACUCCCUAUACCUAUACGCUAUACAAAAACCUAUUAAUUCAUAAUUUCGAAUGUCUUGUCAAUGUCUAACUUCAAGUUUGUGAUUGAUGCAAAACCCAACAAAAACAAAAAAAGCGAAAAAAUGGACGUAGCGAAUAAAAGAAGCAGUCAUUGAAUAACCAAA